CAUCCGGCGAAGCUGCAUGUCCUUUCUGCCCGCUUGCAACCUGCACCGUGUUUUGUUUGUGUGUCUGCGCAGCAGUGAUGAAAUCGCGGGGUCUGCUGCCACAUAGGUACAAACCCAAACGGUGAAGUCUCUCAUGACUUCCCGCUCAUGAGGACUCCGGUAACCGCAGAGGACGCACGGAGCAGGACUGAACGGGAGCACCGCCGGGGCUCUGGAGGCAGGUGCUGCUGGGUGAGAGUCUGACUAGGCAUUUUCUCCCCGGUGACAGAGACAAUCUCAGCAGCGCAUCUUCCCACAUCCUCCUCCCCUCCCUUCUCCUCUCCUCCACUGCCCUCCAAGGCUGCAGCCCACCGACCAUGGCCCUGGUGACUCUGCAGCGCUCUCCCACCCCGAGUGCAGCAUCCUCGGCCAGCACGACCAACAGCAGUGCAGGGGAGGAUUUUGGAAGUGAUGAUGAGCGGAAAAAUAAUCAGAGCCUCAGUGAGAGCUUCUUCAUGGUUAAAGGAGCCGCCCUCUUCCUGCAACAGGGCGGCAGCAUACAAGGACCAAAGACCCUGACCCACCACAAACUCGCAGGUGAUUUACCUCAACACCUGCAGGUCAUGUUUAAGAUCCUCCGGUCUGAAGAUCGCAUUAAGCUGGCUGUACGGUUGGAGAGCGGAUGGUCCGACCGGGUGCGCUACAUGGUCGUCAUCUACACUAACGGCCAUCAAGACACAGAGGAAAAUAUCGUUGUGGGAAUGGAUUUCACAGACAAGGACAGUAAAAAUUGCUCUAUUGGGAUGGUGCUGCCACUGUGGAGUGAUACCAACAUACAUUUAGAUGGAGAUGGAGGCUUCAGUGUGAGCACAGCAGGACGGUCACAUGUCUUCAAGCCUGUAUCUGUGCAGGCCAUGUGGUCUGCCCUGCAGGUCCUCCACAAGGCAUGCGAGGUGUCACGCCGGUUCAACUACUUCCAAGGGGGCAUUGCUCUCACCUGGAUGGCCUUCUAUGAGAGCUGCAUCACCUCAGAGCAAAGCUGUAUCAAUGAGUGGAAUGCUAUGACUGACCUGGAGACCACCCGGCCCGACUCACCCACCAUGUUCGUCGACCGGCCAACUGAGCGAGAGAGAACAGAGUGUCUCAUUAAAGCCAAACUACGCAGCAUCAUGACAUUUCAGGACCUGGAGAACAUCACCUCGAAGGAGAUCCGUAACGACCUGGAACAGCACAUGAGCUGCAACCUCAAAGAGUACAAAGAGUUCAUCGACAAUGAGAUGCUUUUGAUCCUCGGUCAGAUGGACAAGCCCACGCUUAUCUUUGACCAUGUGUACUUGGGCUCUGAGUGGAACGCUUCUAACCUGGAAGAACUACGUGACUGCGGGGUGGGUUACAUCCUGAAUGUUACCAGAGAGAUUGACAACUUCUUCCCAGGAAUGUUUUCUUAUCACAACAUCCGGGUAUUCGAUGAGGAUGCCACCGACCUGCUGGCCCACUGGAACGACACCUACAACUUUAUUGUCAAAGCCAAGAAGAACAAUUCCAAGUGCCUGGUGCACUGUAAGAUGGGGGUGAGCCGGUCUGCCUCGACAGUUAUUGCCUAUGCAAUGAAGGAGCAUGGCUGGUCUCUGGAGAAAGCCUACAACUUUGUCAAGCAGAAACGGAGUAUAGCUCAGCCAAACGCUGGUUUCAUGAGACAGCUGGCAGAGUAUGAGGGGAUCCUGGACGCAAGUAAACAGCGCCACAACAAGCUGUGGAGACCUGAAACAGAUGAGGAGGGAUCAGAUGAUUUGCAAGCCUCUGGGCACUGUACUGGUGGGAAGGAGACACCAGUUCUCCGAGGCGAAGAAGCCUGGGGAGGCUGCAAGGCCUCUCCAUGCAGGGGUAUGGGUCUGGAGAUGGAGCCCCUUGACUCUCUUAACUAUAAUUAUUACUUCAGACGUUUGUCAGACUCUGCACUAGACAGUGAGCCCUCCACUCCAGUGCGAGGUCCCCCUCUGCUGGGUAUGGAAAGAGUUUUCAUUGAGAUUGAAGAUGUGGAGAGGGAUGCCCUAUUGGAGGACGAGGGUUUCCCCAUGGCCCAUUUAGCCCUGCCUGGCGAGGGCACGGCAGCUCAGACGUGUGGCCGCCUCGACCCUCUGGAGGACAUGAGACUAAGGCUCGAGAUCAGCACUUUGGAGGAAGAGGAUGAGGAAGAGGCCAAGAAAGAGGAAGCUGAGAUGGCAGCCUUGGCUCAAACACCUGGAAAUUCGGAUGGGAAGAGGGCAGGUGACGAGGCCGAGAGGACGGAGGAAAGCCGCUUAGGCCUCGCCAACCUGAACACCAACAACAGCAACCGCCUAGCCGCCAAGCGCAGCUGCCCUGCGGCUUUUGACGACAGUGCUAGCACAGGAAACCCUUUAAAAGUGAAGCCCUCCUAUCAGUCCUGUAAAGACUGCCUGCGUCUACCACAAGGGCGGCGAUGUGACCGUCCAGCAGGAGGCCGUUCUCACCGCCUUAACCCCUCCCGCCACUGCACUGUCCCCACCAUAUGCAUAGAUCCGCCCGGUACCCAUUUUGCCUCCACCCCAAUUCUGCAGUCUCUGCAAGCCCCUGCAGUUGUCCCACCUAACUUGGUCCAGCCGUGUAGUCAUCUGUACCGCUGUGCCACUUGCACCCCCGGUGUCCCACUAACCAACCACCAGAAACUGGUCUCACCCAUGAGCUGUGAGGAGACACCACCUGACCGCAGCUCGGUGGAGACACAGGACAUGGAUGAACCACAGGGGGACAAGGCGGGAGGAGAAACAUCAAGGGAGAGUACAGGGGACAUCAGUGCGACUCCUGAUGAUGGUUUAGAAUUACAACCUGGUGGUGCAGUGGAACUCCAGCAACAGGCCUUGGCCCAGCUGCAAAUGCCAGGACUGGGGAUAGAAUUUGGUCUGGAACUGAUGCGACAGAGGGUGGAGCAGCUUGAGAAGCUGCCAAGCUUGGCCAUGGAGGGCCAGCUCCCAGUGGGGCCCCUCCCUUAAUACAGUGGCUCAGACACGGAUGAGAUGAAGGAGGAGGCUUACCACUGCCUCCAGAAGGUACACUAUGAUGGCUGUUGGCCUUUUGAGAUGACUGCCGCUGUGGUGUGGUACAAGAAACAAAGCUCUGCUUUGACCUGUACUGUCAUGUCUUGGCCUCAUAGCUGCACUGUCACAAGCCGCAACAGCCCUCUCCUUUCCCGAGAGUGUCCUGUCAUUGCCUACUGGGAUUAAGAUCCAGAUGAGGCUGGUUGUUUUGACCACACGCUUAAGACUUGAAUGCUUUUGACCAGGUAAGGACUGAAGACUUUCCUGUGUCCUUCCACUUGUCCCUCAGACUGGAUUGAGCCCCCACAGCACAUACAGGAUCAUCACACUUCCCCACAGCCCUGUGGAAAUAAGUGUUAUGCUGCCAUUUUACCCUCAACAGACAGGUUUGGCAUAUGUCCCUCGACAGCAGACAGUGGUGGUGGUUAAUUUUUGACUCCUGAGAAAGCUAUAGCUAGCACUUUGAUGUUGAUGGAAAGAAAUAUACCUGAAGUAACAUGCUUCUGUCAGUGUACUGUAUGUUUUUCAAUCCAGUUAAUCAACAGUAUUCAUGAAGGAAACUCAAUGAAUGUUUGCAGUUGAGCCAUUUUGAUUGCAUUGCAGCAUCUCCUCAUGUUACAACUGAUAGCUAUCACUAACCACUUAUAUUUUUCCCUGCUGCAGCUGCUUUUGCAUUACGAAAGGGCAUUCCACAUGGAAGCAUAGUUAUUUUUAGAAAGGAUGUGAGCCUUUUUAUGCCUCUUUGUAAAGCGUUGUACCUCGGACCACAAGCAUCUCAGAACUGUUUUGGUCAAAGACUCUUUUGUUGUCUCUGCUCAGUGGCUGGUUCACUCUGACCUUCUCCAUUACAGUAAACAUAAUCAUCUACUUAGAGCACUCACUUUAUCACCCUGCACGACUUAUGUGCAGUAUUACAAAACAUAUUGUCAACAUGCUUUGAAAGACAAAGUAUUUCAAGAUGUCUUUUUUGAAAUACUGAAAGUUUUGCAUCAUUCAGUUAAAAUGACAACAAUCAGUCGCGAGAUGGAUGGCCACUUGGUUUUAUGCCUAAAAGAAUGACAAAAAAGACUGAAGUUGUUCAGACUUUACAUUCAAUCAUUCAGAUGUCAGGAAACAUUCAUAAACUCAAAUGUAAUCUUAUUUUCCACUCUUGGUCUGAUCACUUCCUGAUGAACCAAAGCCAUAUUAUGUUGCCAGGUCCAGUUAAUACUCUUCGUGAUUUAAAUGCUUCUCUUACUUUCUUACCCAGUCUGCAUCUGGGUAGUCAUUAAGCUAAGAGGCUCCCAUGGCAAACAUGACUUAAGCGGUCACAUUUUUGGUCACAUGUUGAAAAACCAUAGACUACCUUUCCUUGAAGCCACAAACAUUUGCAAAGGCAAACUAAUCAUGUAUAAAUUUAGCACUUGAGCACAACUCUUAUAUCCAUUCACACGUUUCAGAUCUAUAGCUAUGUUUAAUCAAAAAAAUUUGAGAACACUAAUAGAGAAAUAGACAUGGGAAGUAGUUCCAUUCUUUGCUUGCAGUGUAGGGUCCAUCAUUGCGAGUGUAUUUGAUUUGAUUAUUACAUUAUUAUAAUAUUGAGUUCCACAUACCAAAUGGAAAUAUAUUAAUUUACAAUACUAGAUGUCUUUUAUUUUAAACACAGAAAAGUAACUUAUCAAGAAGACUGCAAAGCCGGGCACUCACAGGUUUUUCAACUCUUUUCCCCGUGUUAUUUAGACCAUUGUGUACAUGUUUGGACAGCCUGAGGCAUGUUUUCUUCAAAUUAUGCCACCAAUCCAAAGUUGCUGUGCCACAGGGUGUUGCUCUACUAGUUCUUCUGUUUGGUUGUGUUUCUACUGUUUUUGGCACGCUGGGUGUGCUAGAAUGGUACUGAAUGCUGCCUGUUUCUAUGCAGGAAAAGCACAUGCGAGUGUUAUUACUGUGUUUAAAGAGCUGAGUGAAUUAGAAGAAAUGAAAACUGUGCAAAGAAUGAAUGCAAAUUAUUUAAUCAUCUUUAACCAUGAGGUUAUUGUAUUUUUUUAGUUUCUUUGUAGAUUAAUGUAGCUUUUCUUUAGUUAAGCAGAAACCUCUGGUCCUUCUCCUCCCUUUCUGGACCCCAGGGAGCUGCUGAUUUGCACCGCUAGUUAGAUUUAAAUAAUUAGAUUUAAACUUGAACCUGUUCUUUUCCUCACGUAAGCGUGAUGUAACGUAAGGCACUUACAGUACAAAGUUGUUGACAGCAGCUGAUACGGCAAACAUUUGAAGUGGAGCCAUUUAUACAUACAUAAAAUAUUGCAGCUGUAAGAAUUAAAUAAUGUUAUAAAGUGGCCACCUAGAGACAAGAGUGUGGUAUCUUUUUCAUCUAACCCCCAGCCGGAAAUCAAAGAAGUAAAAAAAAAAAAUCAAAAUGUUAAACUCCUUUAAUACAUUGUUUAUAUGAUUCUGAUUUAAGCCAGUUGUUUUCAGUAUGUUGACAGGUGGGCCUGACAUUCAUGUGAUGUUGUGAGCACUAAAUCUUUGUUUGCAUUCCCAGACCACAGCACUAUGUUUGGUUAUUUGCUUCAUGUUUUGAAUUUGUGUUUGUAUUUAAGUGCCUUAACCUUGGCCUUAGCUCUAUCAUAAAGCAUCACAGGUGUUGCAAAUGUUUCUGUGAGUGUGUUGAUGGUCUGGCUUUUUGUACAUUACUUACCCUCCCUCCCAAUAAUAACCAUGCUCCUUGCAGUGUACUCGGCACAAAAUAAUAACGUAUGCAAACACACAUAAGCUCAUGCACAGCAGACCCCCCCCCCCCAUACACGCAUAAUUGAUGGACUUCCAUUUAUUAAUAGCCUAUAAUAAUAUUGUAUUUGUUUGAUAUUGUUGACUUGUGGUACACUGUAUUGGUUCAAUAGCUGGCUGAAGAACCUUACUUGCUGGAAUGACAACUAUCAUUUACAUUCAAACAUUAGAUAGGAUGGAUUAAGUCUGACAUUUACCAGUCUGUAUAUAUUUUUCUCUACAAUUUGCUAUUGAGUACAUUAGCUUGCAAAUGUGGUCAAUAUUAAGAAAAGCACUGAUAAUGCUACCGUGUAUUGAGAAGUACUCAUAAAGUUCUUGUGUUUGUACCACAGCAAAAAAAAGACUGGGCCAUCUCUAAUUUAGGCAAGUGUCUUCAGGCUCUAUUAAAAAUGGCAACGAUUGAAAUUUUUUAUUGCAUUAUUCCCAGGCAGCAGGCAUCAAACUGACAAUCCUACUUACGAGCCAGACGUGGAGGACUUUAUGUGGAAGGAUAUUAAGACAUAUUGUAAUUUAAAAAGGGGGGUCCAGACAUUUCUAGAGUGUAUUUAUAGAGCACAAGUCUGCCCCAAAGCAUGUGAGGUUGAGACGAGUGGAAAAUGUAGAACAUGUAAAACCUACCUGGGAGUAAGAUUUUGUUACGUUAAUUGUUUCUUUUGUUAACUUUGUGUACUGUGGUGUACAUUGCCAAUGUUCAUGUGUAAUGCACUUUUUUUUACAUUUUGUUAAAAUGAUGUCCAGUCUAAUGUUUAUCAUGGAAAUAAACCAUUUCCUCUG